GUGGCGUGAACGUUUGGCACCGCGGGACCAUGAAUUAUUCUUUCAGGGUCGUGGUGCUGCAGAAAGGAAAACGCCGCUGUUUGGUCACCACUCUCUCACUUGGAGACUGAGGCUGCGACUCAAGCAUUUCGUCCAUGGCGUUUUGGUUAUCCCGCAUAUCUCAGAGAUCAAAACCUGCGCGUUUUUUCAUUCAAUCCUUUAUUCUUCCACCAACCUCCAAACCUCCUCCAUUUCCAGCCACCAAAACUCUACAAACCCAAUUCAAGUCACCUGAUCCCAAACAGGAGCUUGGGUUCCAUGUUUUAGCAGGAAGAAGGGACUGUUCGUUUCAGAAUGUAGCCCUAGCGAGGUUCUUUAGCUCAUCUGUUAAGGAGGAUAGCCAGUUUUCAAGGUCCUGGAUUGACGUGUAUUUGCCUCAAUGGACGAGGCCCUACGCUCACCUUUCUCGUCUCGAUAAGCCUGUAGGGACUUGGUUGCUUGCAUGGCCUUGUAUGUGGUCAAUUACUUUGGCUGCACCCCCAGGAAAUCUGCCAGAUUUUAAGUUGUUAACAUUGUUUGGAUGUGGAGCAUUGCUUUUACGGGGAGCAGGGUGUACAGUGAAUGACCUUUUGGAUCGAGACAUGGACCAAAAAGUGGAGCGAACAAAGUUGAGACCAAUUGCAUCUGGUCUUUUGACACCCUUUCAAGGGCUGUGCUUUCUCGGGUUUCAAUUAUUCUUAGGUCUUGGAAUUCUCUUACAACUUAACAACUAUAGUCGUAUACUUGGGGCUUCAUCAUUAUUACUGGUUUUCUCAUACCCUCUCAUGAAGAGGCUGACAUUUUGGCCUCAAGCGUACCUUGGUUUAACAUUUAAUUGGGGAGCGUUAUUAGGGUGGGCAGCAAUCAGAGGAAGCUUAGAUCCUACUAUCAUCUUACCUCUGUACACUUCGGGUGUGUUUUGGACUCUCAUAUAUGAUACCAUUUAUGCACAUCAGGACAAAGAAGAUGACUUGAGAGUGGGUGUUAAAUCAACAGCACUGAGGUUCGGGGAUCUGACAAAGAACUGGAUUUCUUCAUUUAGUGUUGCUUGUAUUGCUUGCCUCACCCUCAGUGGAUUGAAUGCAGAGUUAGGAUGGCCUUUUUUUAUGUCAUUGACAUUUGCAGCUGGGCAACUGGGUUGGCAGAUUUGGACAGUUGACUUGUCCUGCCGAGCAGAUUGCAAUAGAAAGUUUGUCUCCAACAAGUGGUUUGGCGCUAUUGUCUUCAGUGGGGUUCUGUUGGGAAGACUCGCUUCCUAAGUAAAGUUUUUGGAAUCUGGAUAACGGAAUCAGUUAGAUCUACUUUGCAUGUGAUAUUGUUGCAAACUGGAGGAAUGGUCAUGGUAACUGGUUUUAUGCGACUGCCGGAAGACCGUCAUACCCAACUUCAAUCAAUUUCUAUUUUCUUUUGUGAUCAGGAUGAAUAGAAGACAUCAAUUUUACUGUUGCAUCGUUUUCAGCUGCUAAUAGUCAAAAGUUGCAUGGGCUGGAUGGAUGGUACUUUGUUAAGCCUUUUGGAACUGUAAGAUUGCCAAUCAGUUGCCACCGUAUUACAUGAUACUUGUACAUGGUUGAGUUCAGUUAUCCUCUUUGUCGACUUUGUUUUGUUUGAUGUCGGUUCUUUGCAGGCAAAGAUUGCCCAGGAGCUGCUUUAAAUGGGGAAGGGACAUGCAACUGAAUAUGAACUUCAGUCUCAUGGGAAUUGAUGGAGAUGAACUUGUAACUAAACAUAAGAUAUGCCUGCAAUCUCUGGGAAUAUUAAGAUGAUUCUUUGGGGUUACCAUUGACGUAUUUAAAGAGGUAUUUGAAAUGAAGUUACAUAAUCUGAACUUUCUGUUCGCUAUUUAUUAUUUGGAAGGAACCGAAAUUGUGGGAUAUGCAUGUGCUGUCAAUCACGUUAUUUCUGAAGGUUUUGUUAACUAUUGUACGAGAUAUAAUUUUCAGAGAAGAAGUUUCUUGGAUAAAUUCUCAGGAAGAAAAUUUUGCUUU